AUGGCGAAGGAGAUUCCUCAAGCAAGCGACGAGAACGAAUUGGAAAUAGAAGUAGAAGAAUCCGAGGAAGACAGAUCCGACGAUUCUUCGUCCGAGGAAGACGAAUCCUCUGAAUCUGAUGCGGAAUCUGAAACCGGGACUGUAAUAAAGCAUACUAUUCAAGAAGUGACAUCAAGGAAGCGCAGGUUUGAAGAAGCUAAUGAAGGAGGAGGAGAAGGAGAUUGGUUCGAAAAGUCUUUUCUUUUUGAAGGAAUGGAAGAAAGGAGACUUGCGCGUCGAAAGGCUAAGUUUUUGCGUGAUCUUGCUGCUGCAUUGGCUCGUGUAGUAGUCCCAUGA